CCAGCUGUGCCCUUCCCUCCUCACGCGUUAGGCACAAAACCUGCUCGGACAAGUGCUGUCAAAUCCCUUGUCACGUUUGACAGGAGUAGAAAUCAUCGUAUCUCAGGAUUGUUUGUUGUUUAUGGAUACCCAGCGGUGUGCUCUGCGAUGAAGAGAGUCAGAAAUCAGAUCCCAGAGGAGGAGCCUCUCUCCAAACGCAUCAACAACCUGCACUUGGACAACUCGUCUGGCCUGCUUACAGCAACGCCACCCAGCCUUGUCAUACCUACUACCUCACACAACCUGCCUGCACAACCAUGUGACUCAGGGAGACCAACAAACUUGCCGAAUGUCCCUUUACACAAUGGUUUGACCAAUGGUGUGCUGGACUCGGGGAUGAAUGGUGCGGGACAAGAUGUUGGCGACGUGCAUGCAAUAGACAGGUUGGCAACGGAAAUAUUAAACAGAGACAUGCCAGAGUCUCUCAGUAUAGCCUACCCCAAUAUGAAUCCUACUGAAAACAAUCAGUAUUUUAGCUUCAAUAAACUCUUGCACGACCUGCAUAUUGAGAGAUUAAGAAGGUUAGGGAAAUUGCCUCUUGGUAGCUUAUGAUUGAAUAAGAACUUUAAUAAUAAUCCUUUUGAUGUUUCAUGAUAUUUUAUAUUUUUUUUUUCUUUUUUUCCUUUUUUUUUAUAAAUAGGUGAGCAGAUAGAGUCCCAGUGCUUAAUUUGGUAGUACUUCGUAUAUCAAACAUUUUAUGUAUUUGGAGAGCAAUAUGGAGUACUUGUAUCCUAAGUAUAUUACACAAACUCAUGGACACUAAAUGUAAUGACAAAUUCAUUUCACAGGUUUUAUGAUAGGAAUGUGUUGUGUUAUAAUCUCCAUUUUACCUUCCCCCUUUUUUUUAUUGAAUAUUGAAGGUGCUAUUCUAUCACGUUGACUAAAGUAAGAUUGUGUCUUGGUAACUAGUGUGUCUGCUUAAAUGUUGAGAACAUUUUUGCUGCAAAUUCUUCAUGCAGUUUAACUUUUAUUUUGUGUGUUUAUUGUGGAUGUUGCUUUACUCUACUUUCAAAUGUGAUUUAGUAAUAUGAUUUGGACUGAAUGUGAUUAUUAUGCAUUAUUUAUAGUGUACGAGAAUAUCAGGAUGUUUUGGUAUGUUUCUUUUUAGCUUUGUGGCAUUCAAACAAAAUGUAUUUUUUAAGAUAUCUAAUAACAAAUAAAUAACUGUAUUUGGAUUUUGCAUGUUAAGUUCAUUUUGUAUUUUAUAAUUUUUUUAGUUGUGACUUUAAAGCCAGUAAGUUUCUUGUAUAAAGAAAGGAAAAUCUAGGUGUUGGAUUUUGCACCUGAUGAAAGGCAUAAGGUCAAUCCUAGCAUAACCUGUUGGAUCUGGGGCACAUCUUUGGCUAUGGUAGACAGAAGCCGGUCUUUGUUCACCCUGUCCACGGCCCACAAACUCUGUCCACUCCCCCUCCACCUCCUAGUCUUCCCCAUCCUCCUACCCCUACCCAGUGUUCUCUAUGUCUGCCUCUUCCUGUGAGAAGUCCUAGUACACCGUAGCCUUUAGUUCGGCACACUGUUAAUUCAACCAUGCCCAAAAAUGAUUAACAUGCACAUAUACAUCACCUGGCAUCUGUCCUUAUGUCCAUAGACAUACCCUAGCUGGAGAGAGAGGCAUGUUACAUGAGCCUUGAUGUGUAGGAGUUUAAACUAUUGCUUUUCAUGGUCACUGGAAACUCGUUUUGAUUUUAUGAGUCAUGGGUAAGACUCUUGAAUCUCUAUUUUGUGAUGCAUGUUAGGGUUGAGUUGAUGUUACAGAAUAUGAACUUUGUAUUGUAUUGAAUAUUUUGUAAGAUCUGGAAGAGUUUAAAUAUUCUUGUUGGAUUUAAGGAGACAAGUUGCUUCUACUGUUGAAAUAUCAUUAUGAAUAUGGAGAUUCGAAUCAUGUUGAAUAAUGUGUGCAACAUUGUAUUUUUUUAAGUAAAGAAAAACAGGAAA